CGUGCCUCGGCAGCGAAUUCCUGGAUACUAUAUCACAUAUCACAUAUUCAGUUCAUCUGGGAUGCCUUAUCGCACCCCAAAAGGUCACAGUCAUACACCAGGCUGGGUAGAGAAGAGCCCACGAGGUAGAAUGGCGAAAGCUAACACCAUGAAUCCCGACACAUAUGGUAACAUUCUACCUGGCGUCAAUGCAAUGGUGCACACCAUAGGCACGCUCCUCGAUAAUACACAAUGCAAUAAACAGUUCCACGACAAGGAUUUCGUAGGCUCAUCUAGGAAGCUAUGAAAAACUUAAUCGCGAUACUGCGUUCACUGCCAGUAAACCCAGCCAAGAAAUUACGGAUGUUCGCCCGUUCGUCUACAUUUCUGCGGAGGACCACAGGCCUGCUAUAUCGGUGCGACACAGAGACCAAACUGGAGGCCGAGAGGAAAAUCGACGAGAUCAUGAAAGAUCAUCCACAGUAUCAAGUGUUCG